CGGGGGCGGGCCCGCUCCUGGGGCCGGGCCUCGGGCCGGUGGUGCGGCCCGCCGGGGCGAUGGCGAUGGCGGCAGGCGGCGGAGGGCGGCGGCUGCCGCCGCACUCGCCCUCGGGCUUGGUGCUGCAGACGGUGGAGAUGCAUACGGGUGGCGAGCCGCUCCGCAUCAUCCCGCGACUGGAGGCAGCGGAGGAGGCGGUGGCAGGGGGGCUGUCGCUGCUGUCUCUGCGGCGAGAGAUGGCAGCCACGCAGGACCACGUGCGGCGAGCACUGAUGCAUGAGCCGCGGGGCCACGCCGGCAUGUACGGGGUGGUGGUGGUGGCCGGCGGGGUGGCCACCACCAGUGCCCACCUGGCGGCUGUCUUCCUGCACUGCGCCGGCUACAGCACCAUGUGUGGCCACGCUGUCCUGGCGCUCGGCCGCUUCGCCCUCGACUACGGGCUGGUGGCAGUGCCCACCUCCCCUGAGACCGCCGUCCGCCUGCACUGCCCCUGUGGGCCCGUCACUGCCUUUGUCCCCUGGGAUGGCUGCCGCAGCGGCAACCCCGUCCGCUUCCACAGCGUGCCCGCCUUCGCUGCUGCCAUUGACUUAGCUAUCGACGUUCCUGGUCACGGGAAGGUGGUGGUCGACAUCGGCUACGGUGGCACUUUCUACGCCUUCCUCAGCGCCAAGCAGCUGGGCCUCGAUGUCUGCUCUUCAAAGACCAGAGACCUCGUCAGUGCGGCAAGUGCGGUGACGGAAGCGGUGAAGAAACAGUUCAAGCUUCAUCACCCUGAAAGUGAAGACCUGGCUUUCCUCUAUGGCACCAUACUGACAGAUGGGAAAGAUGCCUUUAGUGAGGAGCCCACCACCAACAUCUGCGUGUUUGCAGAUGAACAGGUUGACCGAAGUCCGACAGGUUCGGGUGUGAUGGCUCGCAUUGCCUUGCAGUACCAUAAGGGACUCAUCCAGCUGAAUCAGACCAGAACCUUUCGGAGCAGCACCACAGGGUCCUUGUUCACUGGGAAGGCGGUGAAGGCAACCAGGUUUGGGGACUACAAUGCCGUCAUCGUGGAAGUCUCGGGAGAAGCCUUUUACACUGGUACAGCCACCUUCACUGUCGAAGAGGAGGACCCACUGAAAUACGGCUUCUUCUUCAAGUGACCUGAGCCAUGAGGCACUGGCAGAGUGUCACUGAUGGUGCUGCCCUUCUGCCCAAGCAUUUCUGUUCUUCUCCACACGGGUCAUUGCAAUAUACCAGAGCAACAGGAAGAGCCUUUGGUGGUGUGUCAGCAUCUGCCAUGUUUCAAGAUAACAGGCAGUGUUCCCUUGUUGUGAUUAGCAUAUUGGGUGCAAUGUGAUUAGCAUAUAUGGGCCGUUCUGAGAAGCCGUAAUCUUUUUCUUCUUUUUUUUCCAAUAAUUAUUUGCAGAAAAUGGAGCUGAUCUUAGAGAAAUGUCUUAAAAAUUAUGUGCCUUCUCUGCGUCUGCAAAUUACUAAUUUCAAAGCCAGCUUCCUAUUAAAAGUCAGAUGAAGACACUGCUUUUUACCUCUUGUUUACACUCCUGGAGCACAUUCCCAGGACUCUGCCAAGUGUUCCGUGGCUGCUGGUUUGGAUUGCCUGCUCUUCCUCAAUGCCUCCCACUCAGCCGGUUGUGCUGCUCUGUCUCAUACCCCAGCUUUUCCAGUCUGCCCUGCUCAGGCCUGUCCAGAUGCCCCGUUCCUCGCUGCACUUGCUUUACCCCUACCAAAGCCCUUUGUGUCCCAGGGCUGGAAGCAGAUGCUUGCUCAGAACUUCCUACUAUCUCUCGCUGCAUGUCCACUCCAUUCUGCUUCCCUAAACCUUCCUCUCUUGCUUAUCUUGGACCAUUGGCUGCAAAUACCCCGUGGUUAACUUUCAACAGGAGCAGCUGUAUUCGAAGGUCUGAGGCAUUAUGACCUUUGAUUGCUAAUUAUUUACUGAUGAUUUUGUCUCAGCCCAGGGGCAGCUUGCGCAGCAGAGUGCAGUCAAUGUGUGCUUUGCCAGAGUCCCCCGAGGGAGGACUGCCAGUGGAAAAACCAAAGCAAGCCCUGGGAUGUAGGCAAGCAUUUGCAGUGGCAGAAGCA